ACAAGGAAAGAUGGGUAUGAAUCUGAUUGAAAACAUUACAAAGCAACUAAAUUCGGGUGCGAUUCAGAACAAAUCUAUCGAAGGCAGCGGACUUCCAAUUGAAAGAGUGCUCGAGGCCAUUUUGCUUUCUUUUUUGGCACUCUUCGCCGUCGUGGGAAAUGGUCUUCUUAUUUAGGUCAUCUACUCAAAUCAAAAUCUUCGAACUCUCCGGAAUGCCUUUGUAGCAAGUCUUGCGGCUGCCGAUCUAAUGUUAGCCUGUACAGACAUUGUUUACCAGGCAGUGGAAAAGGUCAUAAUCGAUUUCAAGCCUCCCCAUCCAUCGAUUUGUUACAUUAUCUUACUUAGCGGAGUACUGUUCGGUUCUGCUUCUGUGUUUAAUCUCACUGCCAUGACUUUGGUUCGUUACGUAAACAUUCGCUACCCACUUCAUUUCAACCGUUACCUAACUGUCCAUCGCUCUACCAUUAUUGUGCUAGUGACUUGGUUAGCUGCACUUUGUCUCGCAUUCCCACCGCUCAUUUGGCGCCCGGAAGGCGUCGUGUGCUCGACGACGACGCCUUCCGACGAGCACUUCUUAAACGAAGCCUUAUACAUGAGUGCCGAGUGGUUAAUUUGGUUUUUUAUCCCAGCGAUACUCAUAACGUUUUCGUAUAAUCGCAUCUACAUGAUCGCAAGAACUCAAGCUAGGCAGAUAGCCGCUUUAGAAGUGACUGCAGUCAACGAAACAAAUUCUAAAAAUUGUUUCACUGUCAGAGGACGAGCCUCGUCUUUGAAAGAGAAGAAAGCGGGGCGAAUGGUGGCCAUUUUGGUUGGAUUUUGGGUUCUUUGCUGGCUUCCGUUCUUCACAGUGCUGACUAUAAGUAAAUUCAAAUCUCAAGUGCCAGGCCUUCUCAUGCGUUUGUUUAUGUGUCUGAUGUUUGCAAACUCGGCUAUAAACCCUAUUGUAUUAACGUGGUAUAACCGUGAACUAAAAGAAGCGAUUAAGAAGAUGUUCUGGCGAGGAAAACGGCAUAACCAGUUGUUAUCUGUGUCAGAAACACGGUCAAACUUGAGACGAUCAACUUCUGGAACAGCAUUUUGAACAUGGCAUACAAACCCACAAACAAGAGAGAUCAAGGGCGCUGGCUGGUGUUUCUCAUACUAUAUUUUAAAACGCCUAUUAAGAAAUGAGAACACAAUCCAAGAGGUAUUUCGUGUCAAAAAGUUAUCAAUACUUGCAGGAAAUAGCUCAAGAUUGUACUCUAAACCCACCGAGUGAGAAUUAACCCAUUAAAAUCCAUUUAGAGUAGGCGCAAUCUUUGAUUCUUUAUUACGUUCAGAAAAAUUAAUUACAAUCGUUAUUAACUCAUGGUUUAGAUCCGAUGGGAUCUCAAAUUCACAGCAGAAGAAAUCACCAUGUGGCAAGAACAACAACUCUUUGCAUGACAUCAAAUACAAAUAAAGAAAAACCUUCCCGGUACAAGACAGACACGGACUUACUACCACUCCUCCAGCGUAGACCAUUUCUACUCAAUUGACUGUUUCACUCCUAAGAUCUCAUUAGAAAUUCUCCAUACAAUUCUUCAAGUUAGUUUGGACAAUUAGGUGUUGAAUCCCGUUGAUAUCUUUCUUUAUUCUCAGCUCUUGUCUGCUUGAUAUUGUAUUGAUAUUGUAAGAAGAAAUUCUAUCUUGGUCACGCAUGGAAGUUAAAGGGUUAAUAAUAAUAUAAUAUAGUAAUAACUUACCAUUUACAAGGCGCAAAAAUAACAUUCAGAUAUGAUGUAAUAGUUAAGACGGUAAAAAGGUAAGGAUUUCAUUUGCCGAUCUUGAUUUUCGUUAAUAAACAAAAAGAUCGUUUUAUAGUGAAAGAGAGAAACGUUGUUUUCCUUUCAAUUGCUGUUUUUUCUGUCAAUACCAUCAAUAUUUCAAAGCAAUUAUAUUAGGCUUGUUCGAAGAAUUAUUAAUAAAAAGUUAUCUUUAAUUUGCCAUCCUCAAUCAUUUAUCACACGAAUAACACCAGUUUUGAUUAACAAAAUAUUUCAAGCGCCCGAUAUGAACCCGUGACCCUCAGAUUAAAAGUCUGAUGCUCUACCUACGGUGCUAACUGCGGCAACAAAAAAUUAUAAUAACCGAACAAGUUCUUCAUCGCAAUCACAAACUAGUAUCAAAUGAAUCGGUAUUUGCUGACGACUUCAAAGUUCGACUCUGCUGAAUUUGGGGUAAAACGUAGACUCUCCUUCUGCCUUUUAGCACGUUUUUGUCAAGUAAACGUGUACACAUUUCUUUCAAAGCCUUGUGAAAUUCUGAGCCCAGUGAACAGAGGAUCAUGGGAUUGAAGCAGCUGUGAGAUACUUGAAACAUCCGGGACAUAUUCUCAAUCGUUUCAUUGUAAUGCCAUUCGGCAUAGACAGGGAGACUGUCAAAUAACGUGGCCACGUUGAAAGGCAAGAAACAAACG